AAACAUAUCUCCACAGUAAGCUAAAAUUGUAACAAUGGAUUCAACAGAGCACCGCCGAAACCUCCCGACUCGUCGGCGCAUCUCGCACGGUCGCCCCUCCUCCGAUAUUCCCUGACCUGAUGGAUCCCAAGGCGGCGGCGAAGUCGAAGCGCUCGCACACGGUGCACGGCCGCCGCGCCCACCAGACUCCCGCCGCGGCGGCAGCGCACAGGCAGAAGCGCGCCGCCGCCGCCACCUCUUCUGGCCCCCGCAGUCGAAACCUCCCCUCGAACUGGGACCGCUACGACGACGAGGGCGAGGCGGAGGAACCUGCUUCUGCCGCGGAAUGGACAGGCGAAGUGGCUCCGCGCAGCAAGGGCGCCGACUUCGGAUUCCUGCUAGAGCAGGCGCGAGCGCAGCCCCGCGAGGCCCGGGGCCUCAGGGCGCCGUGGCUCCCCUCCCAGGAUUUGCCAUUUGAUUUUAUGCAGGCCUCCACAUCUAUGUUCGAAGCUAAAGGUGAAGGGAUCUUGUCCUGGUGUGCUGAUGAUAACUUCAUAUUAGAGGAUGAUUUAGCCCCAGACUUCGAGGUGCCUUUUCUUUCAAUGGAUUUGCAUGCAUUGGCCAACCAGCUUUCGAAGCUUAAGCUUUCACAGAGACUUUUUUUAGAAGAAGAUCUACUACCAGAGGAUCUGGCUGCUGUAUCAGAAGACAAUGAAAUACUGAUUGACUGUGGCACCUCUGUGGAAAGUGAUCCCAAAGGAAGUUCGGUUGGGGAUAACUUGAACUUUGAGCCAAGGAAAGACGCAAGUCAUUAUGAGUAUGCUGGCAACACCUAUUCUGAUGAUCAAAUGAAAUCAGAACAUCAGUCCCAAUGUUUUGAACAUGAAGCUACAACAUCACCCAAGAUUAGUACUCAUUUAGUGAAUUCACACAGUGAAGACGAUAAGGCAUAUACAAGAACCAUGGAUACUGAUCCUAGUACAAGGCAUAGCGAAAGGUUAGAGUUCGAGGUGGGUUCUGCAGAAGAAGAACUUGACAUGCUCCUCAAUUCGUUUAGUGGAACUCACCUUUCUAGCUCCAACUUGGAUGAAUUGGUUGGACAUGAUUCAACUUCCCAAGGUACAAAGAUCAGUUGGUCAGACAAGAAAGGUACACUUAGCAAGUCUUCCAAAUCACCUGCGCUUGCACCUGUGGACGAUGCUCUAGAUGACUUGCUUUCAGAGACUUCCCUAACUGUACAGAAUGAAGGUUUUGCUACACAAAGUUCAACUUCCCAACCAACUGUUAAAUCUGGCCAGAACUUUGACUUCAGAUAUGCUAAGAAGGUUGAUGUGAUAGCAUCCAUUGAUGAUUCACUGGAUAAUUUGCUUGAAGACACUCCAUCGUGCUUAAGUGAGCCAAAGGAAACUACAACUGCACAAGGACCAAACAGCACGUCACAUGACAGUGGCCCCCCUCAGUCUGCCCCCCCAAAUGCAUCAGAUGAUUUUGAUUCAGGCCCCCCUCAGUCUGGCCCCCAAACAGCACGUGAACUUAUUUCUUUCGGGUUUCAUCUCUAGCCUACCCCAACUUGCUUGGGAAAAAAAGGCUAUGUUGUUGUUGUUCGAUUCUCUAUAGGGGAGAAAAGGGUUGGUGCUGUGAGGAAGUGAUGGCUGACUUCCGGAUUCGUCUCUGCGAUGCAGAAGUCUUCUAUACCUUUCUUCCCUCCAUUCUUGAAUCUAACUGGUAAACAUAUUCAGGAGCUGUAUUCCGAAGUUCUCGUUUCUAUAUGGAGGUCCACUAGAGAACUAUCUUAAUAUUAAGUUUUAAUGGGAAACGAUGAGGUGGAUAGGGCAUGGUAUAAAAGCUAAAGAAGUAAAGAUCAUCUGUGGCUGGCUGCUGUGAAAUUUGAAGCAUCGGAUAUGUAACACUGAACUUAGCAUGUUUUUGCUAUUGUACCAUUGUCUGUAACCUGUCUCAGAAGCAGGCUGAUGCAAACAUUUCACAGAAGUAUACUUAAAGCUUGCUCCGUUAUUCAGUCGGUUUACUGAUGUGCAAUAAUUUAUGAUAAGUACAUGUAUAUAAUCUUUAGAACCAGUGCGACUAACAGUUGGUGCU